AUUAAGUGGGACUCGCUUUCACUAACUCCUUCAUUAAGUGGUCCAAGCGAGACCUCCCAAAUACGAGCGGACUAGCUAAGACCAUCGUCGUCCUCCUGCUCGCUCGCUCUUCGUGUUCGUCCUGCUCGCCCUACUCGUCAUGCUCGUCUAGAUCGUCCUGAUCGCUCGACUUACUACAUCGGCCACGCUCGCUCGCUCGCUCGAGCAGCCUAAGAAAUCGCCAGUCUCUCUCUCACUCGUCAUUUACAAAUUCCAUUUGUUGUUUUGAUUAUGUGAAAUCUGGAUUGCUUUGAUUUUGUGAAAUCUGGGUUGGUCUUAUGCUUUGAAAUUGCUUGUUCUUCAAUGAUUUAUGCUUCUGGGUAUUUUAUGAUGUAGUUGUACGGAUUUGAUUUCUGCUUCUGUGAAAUUGCAAAUUCCAUUUGCUGCCACUGUAAGUUAAUUCAUCUGUGUCUCUUGAUUCAAUCUUUGACUCCUGAUACAUUGUUUAGGUGGCUUUUAACCUCCUGCAUAGAGCUACUUGAUAUUGUAUCUAUCAAUCUAUGCGAGGUCCAAGGUUUAUCUUUUUAUUUACUAAUUUAUCUUUGGGGGGAAUUUUGUCAUAAUGAGUUAGAUAGAGGCGUUCUAAGGGCUUAUUUAGCAUUAUAAUCAAUUAAUAAAUGGAUCAUAUGGAUCAUUAUUGUUCCAUAAAGUAGUUAAUUGGUUAUCAAUAUCAUCCGUAAGGAGUGAUAUCUGGAUUAAGCUUGCAGCUCUGUUCCUUUGUUUGGAAAUUUUGUAUGGGUUGGAUGUAAGCAUGAAUCCUGGAUUGUAAGAUUAUGGUGCCCUUUAACUGAAGCUUGUCAUGUAUUUGAUUGAAAUAAUAUGAAAUAAGCACAACUGGUUGCUGAUGGUGAUCCGAUGUAGUUUUUGGGACCUAAUGAGACACUGCUCUAGAUACCUGAAACAUCAGUACUGAAAAUGAAACAUGAUUGAGAAAGUCUUAGAAAAACAUCCUACCUUUAUAUAUAGGUACGUCAGAUAGGCACACUCUUUCUUUGGCUUUAUUCUUACAGCCAAUUCUCUGUUUAGAAUUGAUGAUAUCGGAGCAUUGAUCUCCUUAACCUCCUUUCCUUCAAUAAUUGGCUAUAUUUUCUUAUGAUAUCAUAAUAGGUUUUGCAAAAGGGGUAUGGAUGAUGGGCGUGAUUGAUGAGAUUCGAAUGCCUGUUACAGAAACAAACCGAAACCCAAUAUUAGUUGACACAAGGACUCGUGUGAAAGAUACACUUACUGUUGAACCACAACGAAGAAAUGGAAGGCUUCAAUUAAUGUGCUACAAGUACAUUUGGGAUGAUUUAGUUGCUGAUAAAUUCCCAUCAAAGAAAUUUUUCACUUUUUUUCCUUAAAUCCUCAUGGUAUCUUAUAUGAAGAAAUCACAGAGAUGGCUGCUAACUCAAGGUUCCCAGCAGAGACCCUUGAUGACAUAGUGAGAUACUACAGAAACACAUGUAGCAUGCUGCCCUCUACACAUGACCAGCUGCUAUUGAGAUAUGAGUUACAGAAAGAUCAUUCGUUACUUGGUGAAGAUGAGUUUGCAUACGACUCUGAUUGGGUCAAGAAUCAAAUACAGGGUUGUCUUGAGUUCUGGUUAAGAGAGCGAGAAACAAGUUACACUCCUAAGGAUGAGGGAUGGAAAUGCAGGUUCUGUCAAUAUUCUUCUGUUUUCCCCGCUAGACGUGCAAAGUCUGCAAACUAUACUAAUACACCAAGUUAGAGAAAAGCAGUAGCAUUGGUGAUGUUUCAAUCAACAUCGUCAGUAAGUGUACAAAGAAGCACAAUUCUUGGAGUUGCUUCUUUGGGGUAAUUGCUGUGUUAGUUGUGCCAUGAAUGUAUCGUUCAUGUUGUAUCGUAGUCGUUGUUUGAUUCAAUUGUUGUAACUUAAUUCUUUGGAUGAAAUCAUUAAACAGGAGUUGUAAAAUUCAAUUAUUUUGUAUUGAAAGCUACGCUCAAAGUGCAAAGGAUGUCUCUCUAUCAAAUUUAGCAAAGUCAGAUAGUGAUGUUACAAUUGUAUGUUAACAUUAGGAUGAAUGAAUAUGGUAUUAUUCAUGGA